UGCAUGAAUAUCCAUAUCAGUAACUGCUCUGCAAUUUUCAUUCUUUCCGACUAGCAUCCAGCAUUUGUCGCCCUGACUGAGGAAUCACUGAUCUCAGAGCGCUCACUUCUUCAGACCGACAAGAAUCCAAUGUUCCGGGUUCACAGUCACAACCUUGGUCGUUUGUCUUUGCUCCUUACUAUAUAACUUCGACCGCCUGACAGCUCCCCUUCAACCUAUUAUACUAAUUCAACAUCGCUAGGGUAUAAUUUAACCCAUGCUUUGCUUUGUACGGAGCUGAUCUCUCCGGGUGGAACAACCGGUCUAUGUCCUAAUCACUGCUCUCAUGGCAGUCGUGCUCAAUGAAAAGGAGCCAGUCGAAGGCCACUCUGAUGGAUCAAUGGUAGAUUCUCGCGAGAAUGGAAGGGCAUCUGUAUCCGAUUCCCAUCAGGCUAAAAGGAAAGAUAUUCUUCGAGGAUGUGAAGAGAGGGACGUGGAGUCAUUGAUAGCCCUUGCAACUUCACAAGGUGGUUUACUGCAUGAUGACCUUCGCAAACUUGCUUGGCCCAUUUUGCUUGGAUAUGAUUACGACUCACAUACUGCGCCCCCAGCGGUGGAUGGGCUCCCUAAGCACCGUGACGAAGAUCAAGUUAAACUGGAUGUUAACCGGGCCUUUGUGCACUAUCCUAACUGCCAAACGGAUAAACAGCUAGAAACCAAGAAGGACGAGCUAUUUAACCUAAUCAUAUCCGUCCUUAAAAGGAACCCCAUGUUGUGCUAUUUUCAAGGAUACCACGAUAUUGCACAAGUUUUGCUCCUGGUCCUAGGCCCAAAGGACUCACUCCCCGCAAUUGAGCGAGUCUCACUCUUCCGCAUAAGAGAUUACAUGCUCCCCUCGCUGUCCCCGGCUGUUAAGCACCUUCAACUGCUCCCUGCUUUGCUGCAUGGUGCAGAUAUAGAACUGUAUCGGCACGUGUCCGGCACCCAGCCAUUCUUUGCCCUCGCUGCGACGCUUACGCUCUAUGCGCACGAUAUCCAAGAGUAUAGCGACAUAGCAAGACUAUUUGAUUUUAUAUUAUCCCACGAGCCAGUGGUCUCGAUCUAUCUCUUUGGAUCCAUUAUCCUCUCCAGACGAAAAGAACUUCUUGAGAUACCCGUUGAUGAACCGGAGAUGAUGCAUUUUACUCUUUCAAAACUACCCCAGCCGCUCGACUUGGAGAUGCUGAUAUCCAACGCCCUGGAACUAUACGCCAAACACCCCCCUGAGUCGCUUCCUUUCCGCGCUUGGCGAAAGAUUUCACCAAACAGCGUUCUGAAAACGUCUCGAGACCUUGCGUUGCGGGCUACCCCGACAGAAGCAAGAGACCUAUUCGAAAAACAAACCCGCGACCUUCAGCGAGAGGAGAGACGACAAAAGGCCUUAAUUUUCCUACGAAGCAACUCACGACUCUUCGGCUCAAUUGGACUAGCGAUAUUCGUUGGCGUUUUCUCGUACUGGGUUGCGAAAAACAACUACGAUAUUUCGGCGGUAUGGCGACUCUGCACUAGCAGGCUACGCACCACGAUAUGGUGAAAAGCAUAGAUGUUUCCAUCGACGAUGAUGACUUGGAUGGUUAUCCCAUUUGUAAAAAAGAAACGCGCAAUAAACUCAUACAAUCUAGGACUAUUGUUAAUUAGAAGAGCCAUAACCAAGAUGUUCUCGAGCGAUGAGGCAGCUUGUCAGCCAAGGCAUUUAAAAAAAAUAAAAAAAAAAAAUAAAAAAU